AUGGAGUACGACCCUCAAGUGCCGACAUAUCAAACAUCCGACCCGACGUCGUUCGCCUUCAUAUCGGCGCGGGAGCGAUGGCCGGCCAUUGUCACCGGCGCCAUCGACGACGUCCACCGCACCGUAGCGUCGCUGCCUGACUCGGAGAUCGACGCCGUGGCCGAAGGCAAAUCGAUCGUAGCCGGCCUGGCCACUCUGAAAUACGAGCUCCAGCACAACCGGGCCCUGACGCCCAUCCCGGACGACGGCCAGCCCGACGUGGCAGGCUACCACGCCGAGCUCGCGGCGCGGGGCCCUCCGACAUGGCACGACGUCGAAUGGUUGUAUUCGGAAUGCUACCUGUACCGGCGCAUGGCGACGCUGUUCAGCCGGGCCCAGACGCCCUUCUGGAAGUCGUACGACGUGUUCCAGCGCCAGAAGAUGGACACGUUUAAAUCGUCGCGGCCCGCGGUCCUCGAACUGGCAGGUCGGUACCGUGACAUUAUCACACAGAUCCGGUCGUCGCGUGACCAUAAAGUCAUCAACAACAGCAGCGGCAGUCCAGAGACGGAGAAGGAGAAGGAGGCCGAGAAGAUGCUGUUCGUGGAAAUGGCCGAGAUCUGUCUCUGGGGAAACGCCACAGACCUCAGUCUCCUGACCAGUCUGACGUACGAGGACCUGCAGAAACUACAGGGCAGCCGGGCGCGCAAGGAGUCGGAGAAGAACGUGCUGGUCAACGAUCUGGGGUCGGCCUUUGAGGUUCUAUACGCUGCUCAACGGACUUCUCAGGCCAACGCUACUGGUCCCAGUGCUUCGUCCAGACGGGUCGACAUCGUGCUGGAUAAUGCCGGGUUCGAGCUCUUCGUCGAUCUGAUUCUGGCGGGAUACUUGCUCGCCACGGGUCUCGCGACCGAAGUCGUCCUCCACCCGAAAAGCAUCCCGUGGUUCGUGAGCGAUGUGGUGCCCGCGGAUUUCGCGGCCUUGCUGAAUGCCAUGCAAGAUCCGAAAACGUUCUACGCUCCCCCUGCUGCGGCUGGUACCAAGGAUAGAUCUGGAAAAGAUGCUGUCGCGGUGGGAGCGGGUAGAGAUACUCCUGCUCUGUCGGACAAGGAUGCCGAGUUGAUCCAGUUCCUCUUCGACGACUGGAGCAGCUUGCACGCCGAGGGCCAGUUGAUUCUGAGGCCGAGUCGCUUCUGGACGCAUGCGGGCAGUUUCUGGCGAAUGCCGCAUACGGCGCCCGAGGUGUUUGAGGAUCUCAAGGAGAGCGAGCUCGUCAUCUUCAAGGGAGAUUUGAAUUAUCGCAAGUUGACUGGUGAUGCUGCAUGGUCCCCUACUACUCCCUUUACUACGGCAAUCGGGCCCCUCGGCCCCUCAUCGGGGAUCAGAACUCUGGCGCUGCGCACGUGCAAGGCUGAUGUGGUGGUCGGCUUGCCUGAGGGCAAAGACGAGGAGAUUCGAAAGGCCUCGCAAGGCGAUGACGUCGAGGCACGGAAGUGGGCGUGGAGUGGGAAAUGGGCUGUCGUGCAGUUCUCGGACGGGAAGGCAUAG